CCAGCGGUGAGAAGAGGGCGGCCCGUCGACGAGGUGAGGGGAUCCAGUUUCAGAAAGGUAGGCAGCUGUCUUUAACACAGACGGACAGAAGAGACAACAGACACAGACACCAUGGUGAAGAUCAGCUUCCAGUCUGUCUCGGGACAGAAAGUGGAAAAAGAAAACGAUGGCGACAAAACCGAAAUCCUCAUUCCUCAUCCGAUGGAUGAGGAUGAGCUGGUCCUUCCUCUCAGGCCCAAGAAGUCUCCACUCAACGGCCUGUGCUGCCUGACGUUUGGCCUGGUUGUCUUCAUGGCCGGUCUGGUCCUUGCCUCCAUCUAUGUCUAUCGCUACUACUUCAUACCUCAUAUCCCAGAGGAGAACUUGUUCCACUGCAGGGUGCUCUAUGAAGACUCGAUGUACGCCCCGCUGCGUGGGCGUCAGGAGCUGGAGGAAAAUGUUAGCAUCUACUUGGCCGACAACUAUGAGAAGAUCACUGUGCCCGUGCCUCACUUCGGAGGCAGCGACCCUGCUGAUAUCAUCCAUGACUUCCACAGAGGACUGACCGCCUACCAUGACAUUGCUCUGGACAAGUGCUACGUUAUAGAGCUCAACACCACUAUAGUGAUGCCGCCACGCAACCUUUGGGAGCUCCUUAUCAACGUCAAGAAGGGAACAUACUUGCCUCAGACCUACAUCCUCCAUGAAGAGAUGGUGGUGACCGGCAAAGUGCACAACAUGCGUCAGCUGGGACCGUUCAUCUACCGCCUGUGCAAUGGGAAGGACACGUACCGCCUCAACCGUCGAGUCUCCCGCAGACGCAUCAACAAGCGCGAGGCGAAGGACUGCCACCACAUCCGUCACUUUGAGAAUACUUUCGUGGUGGAGACGGUUAUCUGCGAUGAAGCGUAAGAAGGGCGCUUAUCCGUGUCAUCCCAGUCACAGAAAAAGGCACAUCUCUAGUCACUUCCCCAGCUACUGUAGCACCCUCCUGUGGAUCAUGUCUGAGUUGCACUUUAUUUGUGAUUUUGAUUUGAUGUCCUUUUUUGUAAAAGUUUUUUUAUUUAACUACCUGUCUGUUUUUCUUCCUUCUUUUCUAUUGUGCCACAGGUAAUAUUUAUACCCCCCUCCCCCCUCCUCUCGCCCAAGUGUGAUGCAAUACUAAUCUAUUAGUUCUAUCACAGGAUUUUCCAUGUAGCAAAGUCCUUAAGCCAAUAAUGAAUCAUAAUUUUGAGAGCUCUCCUCUUUGGGGAUUUGUAUGAUGGUUACUGUUGUUGGGGGAGAUGACUGUCUCCAUGUGUUGUCAAGGUGACUGUCCUCUUGUUUUUUUUUCUCCUGCUCAGGAGAUUACUUUGUGUCUAGUGUUCUGGUAACACAGUCAGCUGUGCAAAGCAUGAAAUCCUGUUUUUCUGAGCGAACAUUACACAUAGAUUUCUAUUAUUCCCUUUUCUCCCUCCUCAUGAUCUCUGUAAUGUAAACAUGUAACUGCUGAUGACUAGUUGCCUGCUUGCAUCUUUACCUUGUUGCCUGCUUGUCGCUUCCUUGCUCUCCUCUCUGCUUUUUUUCAUUUCUGCUUAAAAAGCAUCACAUGGUAGAAGUUGGAGAAGGUUACAUUGGUCACUUGUGUACCAGUGUUUAGGCAAUGGAGUAAACGUUAUGGGGCAAUAGACUGCAUCCACUUGUUUUUGUAUAUUUCCUCAUCAUUGAAAGAGGUGAAGACUAAUGCUCUUUCAUUUGUUGUCUGCUUUUCUCUUCCAUGUGUUUGGCACACCUAAAUGCAUUUGUGAAUUAUUUUAAGAUGUCAUUUUUCCCCCCUCGCAUGUGUUUAUCUAUAAGAAAACACUGUUAGAAUGUUUUGUAAAACAACAUUUAAAGCCUUAGUUCAGAGUCAGAGACUGGACUAACGUCAAUACUACUAAAAGGGAGCAUAUUAUAUGACAUGUUAGUUCAACUUUGAUCUGUAUAUUUUGUCUGCCUAUGAAAUCUGUCUGUGAAUAAAGUAGUGGAAAUCAC